AUGAUUUCUUAUAUCCUAGUUGCGAUUUUCUUCGGUUUAUGGUAUUAUUUCACCCAAAAACCUUCAAUUCCUAAAGGACUUAAACCUCUUCCUUCACCAAAGGGAUCUUUAUUAUAUUUAGGACAUAGUCAUUUACUUGGUUCUAAACCACAUGAGACGUUCACAAAUUGGUCUAGAGAAUUAAAAAGCGAUAUUUACUCGAUAAAGAUAGGCGUAUUAAAUUGUGUUAUUUUAAAUAGCGAUAAGGUGGUUGGAGAUUUGCUUCAAAAGCGAGAAGCAAUUUACUCAUCUAGACUUGAUUCGGAACUUUAUUUUCGUCUACUUACAAGAGGAUCCGCGAUAGGGUUUUGUCCGGAUAACGAUUUUUAUAAGAAAGCUAAAGCGAUAAGUGUUGGAGUUCUUUCGCUGAAGAAAACCGAAACUUACAGUCCAUUAAUCGAUAAAAUUACAAAAGAAAUGCUUUUAGAUGUGAUUAAUACCUCCACUUCUUUAUCAAAUCCCGAACCACUAAAUCCGCGUUCAUACCUUCAUCGUACAACCUUAAACGUAAUUUUGGAUGUAACUUUCGGAAUUCAUACUACAAGUAUUAAUGAUCCAUUAUUUAAAAGAGUAGACAAAUGGGUAGACGAAUUUAUAGGAAUCUUUGCGGAUGAACAUAGAAGAACGGAAUUUUUCCCAAUAUUACAAUACCUCCCAAACAAAACGUUACAGUUGGCGACGGCUAUUAGAGAUAAUAUUGAUUCAAUUUUUGGUGACCUUUUGGAAGAUAUUAAAUCAGGAAAAAAUAAAACUCCAUGUGCUGCAAGAGAAGUUUAUGAAAAAGGGGAAUUAGAAGAUUAUCAAAUCGUUCAUCUUUUUGCGUUUCUCGUAUUGGCCGGAACGGAAACAGUAGCAGCAAGUUUAACAUGGAUAAUAGCAUUCUUGGCCAAUAAUCCCUCGUUCCAAAAACCAGCUCACAAAGAACUUGAAGCACUCAUUCCUGAAAAUGAUCGACUCCCAACUUACGCUGAUCUUAAAAAGCUUCCCUUUACUCUUGCAUUAAUUAGGGAAGGUCUAAGAAUAUAUGCACCAACUUGGUUGGGAGUUCAACAUGCUAAUGAAAUAGAUGAUGAAUAUAAUGGUUAUCAUAUUCCAGCAUAUUCUUCAAUAUUUAUUAACUGUCACGCAAUUGCAACCAAUGAACAACGUCAUAAAAAUCCCAUGCAAUUUGAUCCAUAUCGAUUUAUCAAUGAACAACAAAGUAUGGCUAGCUUGGCUGAUGGACCUGCUGAAAAGAGAGACACAUUCGUUUUUGGAGCAGGGAAAAGGCUUUGUACGGGAAUUCAUUUGGCUGAAGCUGAAUUAUUUACUAUCUUGUCACGAAUUCUUUAUUGCUUUAAUAUUGUAAAUGCUUCACCUAAUGGUGAAGAUGGAAAACCUAUCCCAAUUAAUUUGAACAAGUCUAUAAUUGGAUUAACCAUUUGGCCUGAAGAUUAUAAUAUUAAACUUGUCCCUAGAAAUGAUCGGAUUAUGCAACUUAUAAAAGAAUGA